AUGUCUAACCUGAUACCUGAACGCCUGCUUAUCCUGCAGAGUACAUUGACCUACAAUGAUGUGUAUGUGAACUUCACUCGAGAAGAGUGGGCUUUGCUGGAUCCUUCCCAAAGGAGUCUCUACAAAGAUGUGAUGCUGGAGACGUACAGGAACCUCACUGCUAUAGGUUAUAAUUGGGAAGAUCAUAAUGUUGAAGAGCAUUGUCAAAGUUCUAGAAGACAUUCAAGGUAUGAAAACAGUCAUAGUGGACACAAACCCCCUGAAGAUACUCAAUAUGAUGAAGUCUUUACACAUCACAGGAAUGCCCACACAUAUGAAAGUAUGCAUACUGGUGAGGAUUGCUAUGAAUCAAAACAAUAUGGUAACGCUUUUGCAAAUAACAGUUAUCUCCUAAGACAUAAAAGGUCACAUAUAGAGGAGAAACCCCAUAAAUGUAACCAGUGUGGUAAAGCCUUUGCACACAACAGUCAUCUCCUAAGACAUAAAAGAACUCACACGGGAGAGAAAUCGCAUGAAUGUGACCAAUGUGGUAAAGCCUUUGCACAGAGGAGUACUCUCCUAUCACAUGACAGAACUCACACUGGAGAAAAACCCUAUGAAUGUAACCAGUGUGGUAAAGCCUUUGCAUACAAGAAUGUUUUCAUAAUUCAUAAAAGAACUCACACUGGAGAGAAACCUUAUAAAUGUAACCAGUGUUGUAAAGCCUUUGCAAAUAACAGUCAUCUCUUAAGACAUAAAAGAUCUCACACUAGAGAGAAACCUUAUGAAUGUAACCAGUGUGGUAAAGCCUUUGCAGAUAACAGUGUUCUUCUAAUACAUAAAAGAACUCACACGGGAGAGAAACCUUAUGAAUGUAACCAGUGCGAUAAAGCCUUUGCACACAACAGUCAUCUCCUAAGACAUAAAAGAACUCACACUGGAGAGAAACCUUAUGAAUGUAACCAGUGUGAUAAAGCCUUUGCACGGAGGAGUGCUCUCCUAUUACAUAACAGAACUCACACUGGAGAAAAACCCCAUGAAUGUAACCAGUGUGGUAAAGCCUGUGCACAUAGUAGUGAUCUCUUAAUACAUAAAAGAAGUCACACUGGAGAGAAACCUUAUGAAUGUAAACGAUGUGGAAAAGCCUUUGCAUGUAAUAGUAAUCUUCAAAAACACAAAAGAACUCACACGGGAGAGAAAUCUUAUGAAUGCAAUGAAUGUGGUAAAGCGUUUUCAACUAACGGUAAUCUCCAUCUACAUAAAAGAACUCACAUGGGAGAGAAACCGCAUGAAUGUGACCAAUGUGGUAAAGCCUUUGCACAGAGGAGUACUCUCCUCUCACAUAACAGAACUCACACUGGAGAAAAACCCUAUGAAUGUAACCAGUGUGGUAAAGCCUUUGCAUACAAGAAUGUUUUCAUAAUUCAUAAAAGAACUCACACUGGAGAGAAACCUUAUGAAUGUAACCAGUGUUGUAAAGCCUUUGCAGAUAACAGUCAUCUCUUAAGACAUAAAAGAACGCACACUGGAGAGAAACCUUAUGAAUGUAACCAGUGUGGUAAAGCCUUUGCAGAUAACAGUGUUCUUCUAAUACAUAAAAGAACUCACACUGGAGAGAAACCUUAUAAAUGUAACCAGUGUGGGAAAGCCUUUGCACGAAGGAGUGCUCUCCUAUUACAUAGCAGAACUCACACUGGAGAAAAACCCUAUGAAUGCAACCAAUGUGGUAAAGCCUUUGCAGCUACCAGUAAUCUCCUAGUACAUAAAAGAACUCACACUAGAGAGAAACCUUAUGAAUGUAACCAAUGUGGUAAAGGCUUUGCAGGUAAGAGUCAUCUCUUAGUACAUAAAAGAACCCAUACUGGAGAUAAAACUUAUGAACAUAAAUGAUGUGGUAAAGCCUUUGCAUGUAACAGUGAUCUCCUAAGACCUAAAGGAACCCACACUGGAAAGAAACCUUUUGAACGUAACCAACGAGGUAAAGCCUUUGCACUGAACAGUCAUCUGGUAGUCCAUAAAAGAACACAUACUGGAGAGAAAUCCUUUGAAUUACCUAACGUGAUAAUGUGUAUGCAUUUCAGAGUAAUUUCUGAAAACAUAACUUA